AUGAUCCGGUCAGCACCGUCGUCCAUCGUUUUUCGCGCAGGUCAGGUCAGGCGCAUAGCGAGCGCAGCUGGAAAGGAUUACGGUCGUCUACCACACUCAAAUUCUCCCAUCGUUUCCAAACUUAAGUUCUUUAAUGCCGUAUCUGGAGACGGAAACACAAUACCCACGUAUCGCGUUCUCGACGGAGUGGGGAAGCCCCUUGAAGGUGCUGAGCUGCCCGAAAUUGACCGAGCGCUUGCUCGGAAGGUGUACGAGCAUAUGCAACUACUCCCGACCUUGGACACUGUUCUCUACAACGUUCAGCGGCAAGGCAAGAUAUCAUUUUAUGUGAGUCUCCAUGGCGAAGAAGCCACUAUCAUUGGCUCCGCUGCUGCCCUUGAAUUGGAUGACGAGGUAUUGGGGCAAUACCGAGAAACCGGGGUUCUUCUCUGGCGUGGGUAUGGCCUUGACAACGUCAUGGCUCAAUGUUUCGGCAACGAGGAAGACACCGCCAGCAAAGGAAAACAGAUGCCGGUGCAUCUUAGUUCCCCGAAAUAUCACUUCCAUACCAUUUCAUCACCUUUAGCUACACAGAUACCUCAAGCAGCUGGCGUCGCUUAUGCACUCCGUCGAAUUCCUUCGAGACGCUCGCGUUCCAUUGCCGCUUGCUACUUUGGCGAGGGUGCUGCCUCAGAGGGUGAUUUCCAUGCCGGUCUGCUGAUGGCUUCAACGAUCCCAUCCCCAGCUCUAUUUAUAGCACGGAACAACGGCUUCGCUAUCAGUACCCCGAGCUCUGAACAGUUCUAUGGUGACGGUAUUGCUAGUCGUGGACCCGGAUAUGGUAUCCACACCAUUCGAGUCGACGGAAACGAUGUACUCGCUGUCAUGAGUGCAGUCAAAGAAGCUCGCAAACGAUGUCUUGAAGAGGGACGCGCGGUGCUUAUAGAAGCUAUGACUUACAGAGUUGGGCACCACUCUACAUCAGAUGAUUCGUUCGCUUAUCGUGCACGCGCGGAGGUUGAGGAUUGGAAGAAGAUAGACAAUCCUAUCACUCGGUUCCGUCUCUUCUUGGAAUCACAAGGAUGGUGGGAUGCUCAGGCAGAAGAAGAACUCAAAGAUCGGCUAAAAGCAGACGUGAUGAAGGCCUUUAAACGGGCGGAAUCACUCCCGAAGCCAGAGCUUAAGGAGCUUUUCACGGACGUCUAUGGGGGCGAAGAACCCUGGAAUCUGAAGGAGCAACGAGCGGAGUUGCAAGGUCUUCUGCGAAAGUAUGGGAACGAGUGGGAACCCUGGAAAGCGGAGAUAGGACGGUUCAGAAAUAAAGCACGAGACCUCAUCGAUUAG